AUGAAGCUGACCGACAGCGUGCUGCAGAGCUUCCGCGUCGCCAAGGUGUUCCGCAAGAACUCGGACAAGAUUAACUGCUUCGACUUCAGCCCCAACGGCGAGACGGUCAUCUCGAGCAGCGACGACGACUCCAUCAUGCUCUAUGACUGCCAGGAGGGCAAACCAAAGAGAACCCUGUACAGUAAGAAAUAUGGCGUGGACCUCAUCAGAUACACUCAUGCAGCAAACACAGUCGUUUACAGCUCUAACAAAAUAGACGAUACUAUCCGUUACCUGUCCUUGCAUGACAACAAAUACAUCAGAUACUUUCCUGAACAUAGCAAAAGGGUGGUGGCCUUGUCCAUGUCACCUGUGGAUGACACUUUCAUUUCUGGGUCUCUUGAUAAGACCAUUCGGCUCUGGGAUCUCCGGUCUCCUAACUGCCAGGGUCUCAUGCAUUUACAGGGCAAGCCAGUUUGUUCUUUUGAUCCAGAAGGAUUAAUUUUUGCUGCAGGUGUCAAUUCUGAAAUGGUCAAACUUUAUGAUCUUCGCUCUUUUGAUAAGGGGCCAUUUGCAACAUUUAAGAUGCAGUAUGAUCGGACUUGUGAGUGGACAGGACUUAAGUUCAGCAAUGAUGGCAAACUCAUCCUCAUCUCCACCAAUGGCAGCUUCAUCCGUCUGAUCGAUGCAUUCAAGGGAGUGGUGAUGCAUACGUUUGGGGGUCAUGCCAACAGCAAAGCCGUCACACUGGAGGCCUCGUUUACUCCAGACUCGCAGUUUAUUAUGAUUGGUUCAGAGGAUGGCAAGAUCCAUGUCUGGAAUGGAGAGAGUGGUAUAAAAGUAGCUGUGUUGGAUGGCAAACACACAGGCCCCAUUACCUGUUUGCAGUUCAACCCCAAGUUCAUGACCUUUGCCAGUGCUUGUUCCAACAUGGCCUUCUGGUUGCCCACCAUUGAUGACUGACCUGCAUAGUGCUUGGCUGUUUUCUGUACAGCGAGGGUGGCCAGUAGGAAAAAACUCAGAGGGAACUAAGAUAAUAGUGAGAUUGGAUCAUUUGACUGGGCUCGAGAGCAUCCUUCCACAUGGCCUUCCCAAGGAUGUGCUGUACAUUUGCUCAAAAGAAAAAAAUUGCUUUGCCAAG